AUGAAGUUCUCGAACAAUCUACCCUUUGUGGCCUUUUUCAUAAUAAUUCUCCUACUUCUCACGCUUAAAACCUUCUUUGGGCAUUCACAAUAUUACCAAGAUGGACUACAGCCGCCGAUUGACAAGACUAUCCCCCGCAAGAUAUGGUACAAACUCGGCCCUCGAGGUCUCAGCGCAGAUGCAAAGGAAUGGGCCGACAGCUGCACGACAAAGAACCCCGGCUACGCGACCGAGUACAUCAGUGACGAUUACGCCGACGAGUGGGUUGCAAGGAAUUUCUCUCAUCGCCCAGAUGUCGUGGGAAGCUAUCUGAAUACCACCAUUCCCAUUCUGAAGGCCGACUUGCUCCGCUACCUACUCCUCUAUCAGGAUGGCGGUGCCUAUUUUGACCUUGACGUCGAAUGUGGACAUGGCGGGAUCGACGACUGGAUCCCACCACAUCUUCGGCACAACACGAGUCUAGUCGUUGGGUGGGAGAUGGAUGCCGGCCUGACUGGGGACGUUUCCCACCAGCUUGCGAGCUGGACCAUCAUGGCCCGGAAGGGAACACCGUAUAUGAUGGCGGCAAUCGACGACAUCUCACGAGCGAUCCACGACGAGUCCAACGAGCACAGCGUGCCAGUUUCGGACCUGAAGCUAUGGAUGCUUCCCGAUGUCGUCGACUUCACCGGGCCGGCUAGGCUGACACGAAGCGUCUUCAAGGGCCUGGAGCAGACCCUCGGUAGGGAUGUCGACCGCCGCCUUGUCCAGGGUAUCCUGGAGCCGACCCAGAUGGGAGAUGUAUUGUUCAUGCCUGGUUGGGCGUUCGCUGCCGGACAGGGCCAGUAUCCUGAGGAGGACCGUGACAAAAUCGGCCCGCGGUUGGUGAUACAUCAUUAG